AUGCAUGCUCCGGCCUUCUUCAGAGGCAAUACAUUUUCUCUCUCACGCCCCCCUUUUCCUCCUCACCUUCUCUUUCUAUCUUCCUUACUAUUACUUUCCUCGUCUCCCUCCCCUCUCUCCCCCUCCCCUAUCUCUCCCUCCCCAUCCCCUCUCUCCCUCCCCCUCUCUCUUCCCUCUCCCCCCCCUCUCUAUCCCUCCCCUAUCUCCCUUCUCAUAUCUCCUCCCUCUCUCCCCCUUCCCCUCCUCCUCUCUCCCUUCCCCCUCCCCCUCUCUCUCUCACACACGCACACUACUUUUUUUUUUAUCUCAAUCCCUGUCUAUAUCUCUCCCACACUUUCUCUUCUAGCUUCGACCUUUCUUUUUUUUUUCCUUGCUCGCUUUCUCGUCCCCUUCAAAUUUCUAUUUCUAUCUCUCCAUAUCCCUUUCUCUGUCCUCCUUUUCUUUACCCCUCCAGUUCUUUAUAAAUUGCCACCUUUUUUUUUUCUCCCCUUCUCUUGCCCUAUCAAUUUUUCUCUCUCUGUGUUUCUCACUCCUCUUUCUCCCUCUUUCACUUUUCUUUUUCCCUAUUUUUAUUUGCCUUUCAAUGUCUCCCUCAUUCUUUUCUCUUGUUGUAUCUCCUCCUCCCUAUAUCUCUCUUCCUUUCUUUUUUUUCUCUCUCUUCUCAUUCUUUCUAACGCUCUAUUUCUCUCUUGUUUUUUUUUUUUUUUUAAUCUCUAUUUUUUCUCUUCUUCGCCUUUUUCUUCUUGGCUGUGUUCCUCUCUUCCUUCAUCUUUUGUUUCUCCCUUUCUCUAUCUAUCGAUUUCUAUAUCUCUCUUCGUAUAUGUUUCUUUUUUUUAUCCUUCUUUACUCUAUCCUUCUCCUUCUUGGACUUUGGCCGUUUCACUCUCUUUACUUCAUCAUCAUCAUCAUCAUCAUCUAUUUUUAUCUUUUGCACUUUCUCAGUCUUUUCACACCCACUUUCUCUUUCUCGUCUUUUCUUCUUAUAAUUUUCUCUCAAUAACCCUUCAUCUUUCUCUCAUAUCUUCUCCCUCUUCUACCUCUCUCUUCUUUCCAUCUUUCUUUCUCUCUUUUUCCCUCUAUUGUUUUAUCGCUUUCCUUAUAUUUCGAGACAUUGGCUACCUCAUUCUCUACACUUCUUCUUCUUCUUCUUCUUCUUCUUCUUCUUCUUCUUCUUCUUCUCAUCUUUUACACGUUCCCAUCCUUUUUACUCCUUCUUUCUCUUUCUCAUCUUUUUUUCCCUUUUAUUUUCUCUCAAUAGCCUUUUUCUAUCUUUCAUAUAUUAUAUCUCUCUAUUCUCUCCAUCUUUCUUCCUCUCUUUUUCCUCCCUUUUCUAUCUUUCAUAUAUUAUAUCUCUCUAUUCUCUCCAUCUUUCUUCCUCUCUUUUUUCCUCCCUUUUCUAUCUUUCAUAUAUUAUAUCUCUCUAUUCUCUCCAUCUUUCUUCCUCUCUUUUCCUGUAUUAUUUUAUCGCUUUCUUUUCAUUCUGAGACUUUGGCUGCCCUUACUCACCACUUCUUCUUCUUCUUCUUCUUCUUCUUCUUCUUCUUCUUCUUUCUCAUCUUUUUUUUUCCUUUUUAUUUUUCUCUCAAUAGCCCUUUUCUAUCUUUCAUAUAUUAUAUCUCUCUAUUCUCGCCAUCUUUCUUCCUCUCUUUUUCCUGUAUUAUUUUAUCGCUUUCUUUUCAUUCUGAGACUUUGGCUGCCCCACUCACCACUUCUUCUUCUUCUUCUUCUUUCUCAUCUUUUUUUCCCUUUUAUUUUCUCUCAAUAGCCCUUUUCUAUCUUUCAUAUAUUAUAUCUCUCUAUUUCUCGCCAUCUUUCUUCCUCUUUUUCCUGUAUUAUUUUAUCCUUUCUUUUCAUUCCGAGACUUUGGCUGCCCCACUCACCACUUCUUCUUCUUCUUCUUCUUCUUCUUCUUCUUCUUCUUCUUCUUCUUCUUCUUCUUUCUCAUCUUUUUUUCCCUUUUAUUUUCUCUCAAUAGCCCUUUUCUAUCUUUCAUAUAUUAUAUCUCUCUAUUCUCUCCAUCUUUCUUCCUCUCUUUUUCCUCCCUUUUCUAUCUUUCAUAUAUUAUAUCUCUCUAUUCUCGCCAUCUUUCUUCCUCUCUUUUUCCUGUAUUAUUUUAUCGCUUUCUUUUCAUUCCGAGACUUUGGCUGCCCCCACUCACCUUCUUCUUCUUCUUCUUCUUCUUCUUCUUCUUCUUCUUCUUCUUCUUUCUCAUUUUUUUCCUUUUUUUUAUUUUCUCUCAAUAGCCCUUUUCUAUCUUUCAUAUAUUAUAUCUCUCUAUUCUCUCCAUCUUUCUUCCUCUCUUUUUCCUCAUCCCUCACUCCCUCUCCUUCCUUCUUUCACAUUCACUCAUUAACUCAGUCUCCCUUCCACGCUCCCACUUCAUUUUCUCUUUACUCCCAAUGUCUUUCUCUCUCGUCUCUCUCUCUCUCCUUCUCUCUUCCCCUCUUUCUUUCCCUCCAUCUUCCGUUCUCUAUCCUUCUUUCACUCACUCCUCUUUUUUUCACUCCUCUCUCAUUUAUCUUGACUCAGGUUUUUUAUUUGUUCGUUAUUCCCGACGACUCUCUCUCUCUCUCUCCUAUCUAUCUCCCUCCCUAUCCCUUCACUCUCUUACUCCCUCUCCCUCUCUCACUAUCCCUCACUCUCUCUCUUUCUAUUUUUCUUUCGUCCUUGAUUCCCACUGACUCUCUCUCUCUCUCUCUCCUCUCUCUCUCCUCUUUCUCCUCUCUCUCCCCUCACUCUCUUUUCCUUCUUUCUAUCACUCCUCAGUCACCAUCAUUCACACUUUCUCUCCCUCCCUCUCUCCCUUCUUUCCAUAUUCUCUUUACUCUCAACUCUCUCUCGUCUCUCUCCCCUCCCCUCUUUGUCUCCCACAAUCUCCCUCUCUCCCAUCCUCUCUCUCACCAGCUCCAUCUCUAUUUCACACUCUCUUACUCCCUCCCUCUCGCCCUCACUCCUCCCCCAUUUCUCUUGACUCAGGAUUUUUCCUUCGUUCUUGAUGCCCAACGACUCUCUCUCUCUCAUUUCUAUCUCUCUCCCUCCUCUCUCUUCCUUUCACACUUUUUCUCAUCCCCUCUCCCUCUCCUUCCUUCUCUCUUUCUUUCUUGUUUUGUUGCUGUAAAAAGAUGUCCGUAUGCUUAA